AUGGCUGCUCGUGGGCUCGGCACCCUCUUCAAGAUCGAGCAAGGAGCGAAGGUGGUCGUUCAUCCACCGCGAGCGCUCCAGUCGACAAGCACGCAGCCACCAGCUCCGUCAGUCAUCGAGCUCGAUGAGUAUACCUGGGGUAGCCGCUACAACGGCCCAUCGAACGCCGGAACGCAGACACCUAUCCCCCCCAAUGAGUUGGAAAUGAGCCAUCCGCCGACACCCAAGCGGGCCGAAGCUGCUGGCCUCGUGCAAAGCUUUUCUAACCCGGCAAUGAAUAAAUGGAGAGUGCUUGCAGCUUGCCUCGUCUACUUUGGCAACGGGUUGAAUGAUGCAGCAACCGGUGCUAUCAUCCCGUACAUGGAGAAGGAAUACCACAUCGGACACGCUAUCGUGUCCCUUAUCUUCGUAACUACGGCAGCAGGCUUUAUUCUAGCAGCGCCAUUCAUCGAUGCGCUCGAUGGCCGCAUCGGGCGAGCGAGAACCUUCAUCACAGCGGAAAUGCUCAUCAUCAUUGGAUUCGUGAUGAUUGCCUGCACACCACCUUAUGCGGUGGUCGCCAUCGCGUUCUUCUUGAAUGGGUACGGUGCAGCGACAACUCUGGCGCUGAACAAUGUCUUCCUCGCUAAUCUGGCUGGGGCGACGGUCCUUCUGGGAGUCGGUCACGGCUGCUAUGGUAUUGGCGGUAUUGUUGGUCCGAUCAUGGCGACCGCUAUGAUUUCAGCAGGCAUGCCAUGGACUCGAUUCUACCUUGUCGCCCUAGGCAUCCGGGUGAUCUCCCUCGUGAUGACCGGCUGGGCUUUCUGGAACUACGAGAACGAGGCGUCAACGCAGCUGCUGACAGCUCUCGAAAGAACUGCAAGUCAGCGUGCAGCUAUUGAAGACGGUGCACCAACGAAAAAGCAGCUGUUAAAACGAGCUUUGAAAAACAGGGUAACCGUUAUGGGAGCCUUGCUUAUCUUUGCGUAUCAGGGUGCGGAGGUCGCCAUUUCAGGCUGGGUUAUUUCCUUCCUCAUUGACUAUCGCGAUGGCGACCCGGCACAAGUGGGAUUUGUCACGGCAGGCUUUUGGGGUGGCAUCACUCUCGGCCGCUUCUUGCUCACCCACGUAGCUCACACCGUCGGCGAGAAGCGCUUCGUGUACGGUCUCGGACUCGGCGCAAUCGCGUUUCAGUUACUUGUAUGGCUCGUCCCCAAUGUCAUCGGCAAUGCUGUAGCGGUUUCUGUCGUCGGUCUACUGCUGGGGCCUGUCUACCCUUGCGGGCAAACGAUAUUCGUGAGGCUACUUCCACACAACAUACAGACAACUUCGAUUGGAUUCAUUUCCUCGGCUGGUAGCUCGGGUGGAGCAGUCGUACCCUUUACGACGGGUCUCUUAGCGCAAGCAGUCGGCACUUACGUUCUGCACCCUGUGGCGAUUGCGUUCUUUGUAGUCAUGCUGGCCUGUUGGUUUGGCUUGCCAAACAUCAGGAAGCGGGAAGAAUAA